AUGGUGCGAUGCGACCGCGGGCUGCAGAUGCUGCUGACCACGGCCGGAGCCUUCGCUGCCUUCUCGCUCAUGGCCAUCGCCAUCGGCACCGACUACUGGCUGUACUCCAGCGCGCACAUCUGCAACGGCACCAACCUGACCAUGGACGACGGGCCCCCGCCCCGCCGCGCCCGCGGCGACCUCACCCACUCGGGACUGUGGCGGGUGUGUUGCAUCGAAGGCAUCUAUAAAGGACACUGUUUCAGGAUCAACCACUUUCCAGAGGACAAUGAUUACGACCAUGACAGCUCAGAGUACCUCCUCCGCAUCGUGCGAGCCUCCAGUGUCUUCCCCAUCCUCAGCACCAUUCUGCUCCUGCUUGGAGGGCUCUGCAUCGGCGCUGGGAGGAUCUACAGCCGCAAGAACAACAUCGUCCUCAGUGCGGGCAUCCUCUUUGUGGCCGCAGGCCUCAGCAACAUCAUCGGCAUCAUCGUCUACAUCUCCAGCAACACAGGCGACCCCAGUGACAAGCGUGACGAAGACAAAAAGAACCAUUACAACUACGGCUGGUCCUUUUACUUUGGAGCCCUGUCAUUCAUUGUGGCGGAGACCGUGGGCGUCCUGGCCGUAAACAUUUACAUUGAGAAAAACAAAGAGUUGAGGUUUAAGACCAAGCGGGAAUUCCUUAAGCCUUCUUCCUCCUCUCCCUACGCCAGGAUGCCGAGCUACAGGUACCGGCGACGGCGGUCCAGGUCCAGUUCAAGGUCCACUGAGGCCUCGCCCUCCAGGGAUGCGUCUCCCGUGGGCCUGAAGAUCACUGGGGCCAUUCCUAUGGGUGAGCUGUCCAUGUACACGCUGUCCAGGGAACCCCUGAAGGUAACCACAGCUGCCAGCUACAGCCCGGACCAGGAUGCUGGCUUCCUGCAGAUGCACGACUUCUUCCAGCAGGACCUAAAGGAGGGUUUCCACGUCAGCAUGCUGAACCGGCGGACGACUCCUGUGUGACCUGCCCACCCGUCUCGGCACCGGCCUCCCCCAGAGUGGCUGUUUGUGUGACACACAGCAGGGUGACCCUUAAGAUAAUAGACAGUGAACUGGAGCCAAGGGCAACCCUCCCUAGCCUCCAAACGAUGCCAUGGGCUGGCUAAGCGUGAAGGGAGCCUGGAGACUGGAAUCAGGGCUAGGGUAGAAACUGAAGGCUAACUUUCUCCCAAGACAGGGUGUAUUGCUGUCCUGAAAUUUCCCAGGAGGCCCAAGAAUUUUCCAGAAGCUGCGUCAGCCUGCUUCUUGGAAACCAGGAAACCAGUCAUGCCAGAAGAUGUCAAACUUUUCCCCCUUCCCUGGGCACAGGGCCACAGGAAGGCUUCUUCCAGAACUGGGACCUCUGGGCUCCCAUCAGCUGUUUCCCACCCGGAAGUUCCUGUGUCCUGGAGCCCAGAAUGAGCCGAAGCUCACUCCACUCCCCUCUGCCUCCCUCCCUCAGCCUCUGUCUGGCAGCCUGGUGGAGCCUGUGGUUGUAAACAUCAUCUGUCCUAAAGAGAAAGCUCUAUGGCUAACUGGUGCUUCGGCCUUGAGCUGUCCUGUGGCUGGCGUCUCUCCACCUCAGGAGACCAGGGAUCCAGGGCAAAGGCAGAGACUGCAGGCUUUCCUACCUGCUUCCGGAAGUUUCUGCCGAGCUCGGAAUGGACAGGACGUACUCACUCAACUUGGAGAUCUGGAGGAUUCCAUGGGUCUGAGGAAAGGUAGGCACUUGCUGUGUCCUUCCCGACUUGCCCGAGGAACCACACUGUCCCCUGAGCCACAGGGGACCCUGCUAGGGGCGGAGCCAUACUCCCACUUCCAAACUGGUGUUCCGUGACAGAUGUGCAAACUUCAGUAUGAGAAAGGGGAACCGAGGGUGAGCGGAGACGGAAAAGAA